CUGCCAGGAGCAAAGCAUUUUUUUCUAUUCUAGGAAGAAGAAGUAUGAUAAUUAUGUCAUCAACAUGUCAACGCAGAAAAACCUACAGAGGGAGGUAUUCACACCCACAUGUACGGACGUUCACGAAGAGAGAGAGACCGCCUCUCUGAGUCAAAAGUGAAGUAAGAGGCUCAGCUUAGACAGAGGUAUGGAGAGAGAAGAGGUGUGUGAAUCAGGACGUCUCGAUGAGCGAGGAAAGGAAACUGUCUGAUUGAUACAGAUGCCAGCAAAGCUGAUCUUCUCUAAGGGUCUGCUGGCUACUCCUGAAGGAUUAAUGCACUGAAGGAGAGAAAGUCAGCAGAGGCUGUGGAGUGACGCUAGCCAGGUGACCGAAACAGGAAGCAGGCAGCUAGCCCCCAGGAACGAUGCGACGAUGGCGGUCAGUGGGCAGGGGUCUGCUCCUGGGGGGUCUGCUGACCACCUUUGCCAUGCUCCUGUACCACAUGAUGUCAGUGCCGCUCCUCGAGGUCUAUCACCCGAGGAUGUUGGUUCCGGCCUCCUGUGACCGCGACCCAAUCCGCACCAAAGGGAAAACUGUCUCAACCCAAGGUGCACCCAGGCAAGCCAGUGGCUGCUCACCGAAGAUGAAUGUCAUGUUCAUGAAGACACACAAGACGGCCAGCAGCACGCUCCUCAACAUCCUGUUCCGCUUUGGGGAGAAGCACGGCCUCAGAUUCGCAUUCCCCAACAGUCGCAAUGACUUUGUCUACCCAGAGAUGUUCAACAGGCUGCAGGUGAAGGGCUACCAGCCUGGGACGUGCUUCAACAUGGUCUGCAACCAUAUGCGCUUCAAUGAGCCCGAGGUGGUCAGCCUGUUACCACCGGAAGCCAGCUUCAUCACCAUCCUGCGGGACCCCGCCGACCUCUUCGAGUCUGCGUUCCACUACUUCAACAGCCUGGUGCCUCUUACCUGGGUGAUCUCUGCCAAAGAGAAACUGGCUGAAUUCCUAAACGACCCCUGGCGCUACUACAGCCCCAGUGGGUACAACUCCUUCUACCUCAAGAACCUGCUCCUCUUUGACCUGGGCUAUGACAACAAUCUUGAGCCAGACGAUCCUAGAGUGGAGCAGGCCAUCCAGGCAAUCGACAAGCGCUUCCAACUGGUGAUGGUGGCGGAAUAUUUCGAGGAGUCACUCAUCCUCCUCAAGGACACCCUCUGCUGGGAGAUGGAGGACCUGCUCUUCCUGCGACUCAACAUGCGUCGUGACUCAUCCAUCGCCAAGAUGACAGAGCACCAGAGGGUGCAGGCACGAGACUGGAAUGCCGCUGACUGGCGCCUCUACCGAUACUUCAAUGCCACCUUCUGGGCAAAGGUGGAUGCGUAUGGGAGGGAACGCAUGGCCCGUGAGGUGGCGGAGCUGCGGUGGCGUAACGCCCAGAUGGCGGCCAUUUGUGUGGAGGGUGGGAGGGCAGUGGAGGCAGACAGCAUCAAGGAUGCCACACUGCAGCCUUGGCAACCUCUCGGCGAUAGGUCCAUCCUGGGCUACAACCUGAAGAAGGACAUUGACCAGGUGCGCCACACAGAAUGCCGCAGGAUGCUGACCCCAGAGCUUCAGUACAUGUACGAGCUCGGUGUCAAUCUCUGGGCGAAGUUGUUCUGGCGUCAGAUGUUAGGAGUCAUCAACUUGUAGCCAGUCGUGGAACCCAGAUGAUGAUCAGCUCUGUGAUUUGUCGUCACACGAAGGGCAUCACCGUUUGGUGAGACAGGCACAUGGAAGGACCAGAUCAUUCUUUGAGGAUGUGGACUAUCUCAGGAAUAGGACGUACAUCAUAAGCAUACCUUUGGGUAGGGCUGGGUGAUACUUCUCUUCUUAUAUAAUUUAAACGAUAAGAAAAUGAGGAACAUUGCCAUAUCACAUCACAGAAAUGAAUGCAUUUCCAACCAAUCACAGAGAACUCUUUUAAGAAGAGAUAACCAAUGGCCAACAAAUGUAGACUGACUGAGUUAGUGUGGCCAAAUGCUACUGUUUCUUUAAUAUAAUGCACAUCCUCAGAGGAAGCUUCAGUGAAGUGUGGGUGAAGAAAGCAAUAGCUCAGCUGCCAUAACAUCAUUUAUUUUGGAGAUACUCUGGAUAACUACGGUAAAAAGACGAUGGUGUGGUGGUACUUUUUGCAGUUUAACAUGUGACACGCAACAGACUGGUGCUGUGCACGAACGCAAGCAACGAGGGAAUCAUGUCCCGUAUUACUUAAAAAUGGGGCAAAGCAUAAGCUAACAACAAACCAUACUGUCAGCGUUUUCUAGUAUUACAUCCUACACCAAAAAGUUUACUUCUGUAUAAUUUAUUUAUUAAAAUGAGAUUUCAAUUUC